AUGGCCCCCAGAUUCCUCAAGGAGCUACGCCGCCGGUCCAAGGCCAGUUUCCGUACCGAGGCCUCCACGGACACAUCUAGUGAUGGCGCCGUGAGCCAUGGUACCGCCGCAUCGAGCGGCUCCGUCACCCCGCCGUCCAUUUCUCACAAUUCAGACCCUGCCCUCAACCUUCAGCUCAAGGACAACGGCGAACCGCUCACCCAGACAUCCUCACGCCCAACCCUGCCUGGCAACGGGAGCAAUGCAAGCAGAUAUAGCACCCAAAGUGUCCCCGGCAUGUCUGGCUUGGGUUCAGUCGCUCUCGGCGGCAAGUCCAACAUCCCCUUGUCCAAAUACGCACCGCGCAUUCACAAUAUCAACGAAAAUUCCUGGGUCAGUAAACCUCUCCCCACUGUGCACGCUCAAGCUAUGAUCGAUGCGCUUUGUCGUGAAGCACAGUGCUUUCUCCUCUACGGCACUAUUGGCGAAUCAGCGACCGCGAAUACCCCCAUUGACGGUACAAUAACACUGAGUAGGCUAGACGACGACAUUCCACCCCUCAGUUGGCCCGUAUGCGAUUCCCACUUCAAGGCCGUGGCCUACCUCAACCCCGGCCCCAAUAAGCUGCGCUUCGACUUUGCCUCGCCCAAGCUGCCCAACAGCAGCUCUUCUAACCCGAUUCAUUCAUCCCACAUCACCAUUCACAUGAUUCCCUCGAUGAGAGCCCCGCCACUGCAGCUUGCCAUUAUGCUCGCGAAAGAUUCCCCAGCCACAUUUCCUACUACGCCAACACGCGCCGAAAGAGAAGGCAACGGCCUCGAAACAGCCAUUCGCAAGUACAGAAUGGCUGCUUACUUAUGGCAGGCGUUUACCGCCGAACAGAUGUGGCGCAACAAGAUGGGACGCAGGACAUUUCGAUUCGAAGAAGAAUGGACCACAGGCUCUGCUAACUACCGUGAUCGCGAGACUGGCAACAUGCGAUCCGAAGCUAGAGUGCACGUUAUCCGCUGCAAUAAGACGGUUGCCGAGCUACAGCAACUCGCAGACUCGCGGGAUACGACAGCGGCUAGCAGGGAGGCUAUGAAAGAGGAGGUGGCCGAUUCUAUCAGGGCCUACUUCCAUCCUCUUCCCGGCCAGAGGAAUCACCUCGCCGCGAUGCUCCUUGAUAUUGAUUGGGAUAUCUCCCCCGAUGAUGUUGUCGCAGCCGAAACGACAACAUCAAGCAACCCUGAUGAAGCCGAUAUCGCACUACUGGGUUCUCAGUUUUUACAACAUUAUCCCUCGAGCUUAGAGGAAAUAGUGCCGUCUUUUACAGAUUGCACUCCAACCGACACACAGCUUGUCGGAAAUUGGGCCGGCGAAGCGGGCAGCUCGUGGGAAGCUGCCAAUGUGGGUAUUGGGGCACAUUUGCAGGAAGUUGGCCGCAUGUUUGGCUGUCCACGCCAAGAAACAGGUGUCAUGUUGAAAGAUUAUGUCGUCUUCAGCCGCACAUUUGUUACACGUGAAGCAUACUCGACAAGGACAAAAACAAAGGGGGGAUUGGCACUGCAAGGAGACGAGUGUGCAUGGCACAGACUGGACUGUCUUCGUUUCCGCGCACAUCCGACCUUUAGACUUCCACGCGACCCGCCUUGCAGGUCUGAUGCCAGCGUGCAAGCAUAUGCUGUCGAGAACAAUACUCUAUUAGCCGUCGCUCCCUCUGGUAUCUCGUUCGUGGAGAUUUAUGGUGAAGGUGACCGAGUUUGCCGCUCUUGGAUGGAAUUUCCUCUAGACAGCACCACGACACAUCGCCAAGUUGCUCUAUCGGAGCAAGAUAUCAUAACGAGACUGCCAGAGACCAUGCGAAAAGGCCCUAUACGACUGUCAAUCAAGUCUCAUGGUGGCAACUCUCUGGAAGUAGAAAAUGUCAAACAAUUCAUCUCCAAGGCACAGGCAAUCAAAAUCAAAGGCUCGAAACAGGGUUUCCGCAGCUGUCAAUUUGGAACUGCCCAGCCACCGAAGGAGGAGCCAGAGGACUUAUUAUUUACCUCGGCCCAAACCGACCGAAUCAUGGUACGAAUGAACGUCUACCAUGACGUCGAUGUGAUUUACGGGCUCGAGUUUGUGUACGAUGAUGACAAGACUCAACUUUUCGGAAGCCGGGCAGGAAAGAUUAGAGGCGAUACCUACGACUUUGCCUGGGUCGCAAAUCACGCAUUUUUGGCAAUCCGUAUGGCGGAUCAAGGUAUGUAA